AUGACCGAAGAGAUCGCGACGACGAAUGCUGAAGCAAGCGGGGAAUAUGACAGUUGCCAAUUACCAUUUUACAAACCAUGGGAAGCUGACGUUAUUGGCUGGGGAUGGGAGGGAAAUACAGGACACAUUCGCUGCAUUCACCUUGACUGGGCUUCAAUUACUCGUGCUGGUAUUCUGUCUGUUGUUGUCCAGUCUGAGAUUGAUGUCGUGGGUUUGCCGAGGAAUGAAGUCGGCCCACAAGCGAAACAAAAUUAUGAGCCAAGACAACAGAAAAGCACCCAGAAAGAACCUACGAACCAAGAUCGAGAUCCGCGAUUCUUCAGCCCUUCAAACUUGUCAGUCAUGAAUGGCGCUCAUCAUCCCAUCCUCAACGCCAAUUCUGCUCUCGAUCUUGAUCUCACUGGCGCAAUCCCAGCCCACCCUUUAGGCGUCAAGCCGUCUGGAAACGGGCUAACGGCGUCAUGGAACUUGCGGGCAUCCAUUGGUCAUUUUGGCAUUCUGCCGGAUGAACUGAUAUCUUUGCUGCUUGAGUCUUUGGACGAAAAAGCCCUGAGGGCCGUUGGUGCGACAUGCAAGGCGUUGCACGCGUUCACGCGGAGCGAGGACUUGUGGAAAACGCUUUUUAUAGAGACAUCCCCGUCGGACUUUAUCUGGCGCGGCACAUGGCGCUCCACGUAUCUCAGUCUUCCUGACUCAAAGGUAGCUUCGCCAGAUUGCUCGCAUCUUUUUUCGGAUGCUCUGCACCGGCCAUUCUACUGCGCCCACAUCUCGCUAUCUCCCUACACGGAGAACAUCCCAGCCAGAAAUCAGAUUUCACGGCUAGGAAAUCUCACCUCAACCGAGUUUGACGAUUCAUGGGCAGAUCGGCCAUUUAUUCUGACCGAGCCUGUCAAGACAUGGCCGGUUUACAAGACAUGGUCAAUCGAAACACUUCUUAAGCAGUACGACAAGACUUUAUUCCGCGCAGAAGCCGUAGAUUGGCCGCUACGCACAUAUGUGGACUAUAUGAACAAUAACUCUGAUGAGAGCCCUCUGUACCUCUUUGAUCGAAGCUUUGUAUCAAAGAUGGGUCUUGAUACGGAUGGGGAAAAUGCAGCCUUCCUUCCACCCGCCUGUUUUGGCCGGGAUCUAUUCUCGGUCCUGGGGGCACAGCGUCCUGAUAAGGAGUGGUUGAUCAUUGGGCCUGAACGAAGCGGGAGUACGUUUCAUAAGGACCCCAAUGCAACAAGCGCAUGGAAUGCCGUUAUUACUGGGUCGAAAUAUUGGAUUAUGUUUCCCAGCUCAAGUUGUCUACCCCCGCCGCCAGGGGUGUAUGUUUCGGCGGAUCAGAGCGAAGUCACGUCACCGCUCAGCAUCGCUGAAUGGCUACUGAAUUUCCAUGCCGCCGCACGCAAGGUGCAUGGCUGCAUUGAAGGGAUUUGCGAGGCGGGAGAGGUUCUUCAUGUUCCCUCUGGGUGGUGGCAUUUGGUUGUUAACUUAAGCCCGUCCAUCGCAAUCACACAAAAUUUUGUUCCACGAAAGCACCUUGGAGCCGCACUUGAAUUCUUGAGAUAUAAAGCCGAUCAAGUCUCUGGAUUUAAAAAGGACGUGGAAGAUCCGUAUGGAAUAUUCAUUCAACGGAUGCAUGAGUCAUAUCCGGAUUUACUGGAGAGGGCUAUUAAAGAGAUGGAGAGUAAAAAGAAAAGGAAAUGGGACGAAAUCGUCCGUACAAACGAAGAAGACCUUGAUGAUCGAAAUGGAGGGUUCAGUUUUGGCUUUGGUGACGAAGGGAGUGAUGUUGAAGUUCCGUGA